AUGGCCCUGAGGCAAACAGGUAGCAGGAAGCGAAAAGCGCCGGCGCUCGAGGCGGCCGCCGCGGGCUCGUUGUCGAUGGGCUCGGCGGCGGCGGCGGCGGCGGACGGGCACGGGCCGUUGCCUCCCAAGAAGCCCAAGCGGCCGGCGGCGCGGCGCUCGCUGCUGCACUACCUGAAGGGACGUGAGGUGGGCGCGCGGGGCCGCGCCGGGCUCCCGGGCUUCGAGGGCGAGCUGCGCGGCUACGCGGUGCAGAAGCUGCCCGAGCUGCUGAGGGAGCGCGAGCUGGCGCUGGGCACCCUCAACAAGGUGUUCGCGUCGCAGUGGCUGAACGCCAGGCAGGUGGUGUGCGGCACCAAGUGCAACACGCUCUUCGUGGUGGACGUGCAGUCGGGCCAGAUCACGCGCAUCCCCCUGAUGCGCGACCGCUGGCCCGGGUCGGCCCGCGCCCAGCCGAGCUGCGGCAUCCACGCCAUCCAGCUGAAUCCCUCCAAGACGCUUCUGGCCACCGGGGGCGAGAACCCCAACAGCCUGGCCGUCUACCAGCUGCCCACGCUGGACCCCGUGUGCCUGGGCGACCGCCACGGCCACAAGGACUGGAUCUUCGCCAUCGCUUGGAUGAGCGACACGGUGGCCGUGAGCGGCUCCCGCGACGGCACCGUGGCGCUCUGGAGGAUGGAUCCCGACAUGUUCCACGGCAGCAUCGCCUGGCACAACGACGCGGGCCUCCCCGUGUACGCCCACAUCCGUCCCAGGGACGUGGAGACCAUCCCCAGGGCCAGCACCAACCCCAGUAACCGCAAGGUGCGGGCCCUGGCCUUCAGUGGCAAGAACCAGGAGCUGGGAGCCGUGUCCCUGGACGGCUACUUCCACCUGUGGAAAGCCCGGAGCAACCUGUCCAGGCUGCUGUCCAUCAGGCUGCCCUACUGCCGAGAGAACGUGUGCCUGACCUACUGCGAUGAGUUGUCCCUGUACGCGGUGGGCUCCCAGUCCCACGUCUCCUUCCUGGAUCUGCGCCAGGGUCACCAGAACAUCCGGCCCCUGUGCUCCCGAGAGGGCGGCACGGGUGUGCGCUCCCUGA